CCCGCCCCGGGGAGGGGGCAGCGGCCGCCUCCGGCCACACCUGUGGCGCCGCGGCGGAGGAAGCGCCCGAGGUCGGCGCCCGAAGGCACCAUGACGGUGGGCGCCAAGGUGAGGGGCAGGUUCUCCCGCCGCGGGGCCGGCGACGACCGAGUCUGCAUCCUGCCCGGCGAGGAGGAGGAGGCGGCGGGGGCCGGGGGCAGCGCGGUGGCCCCGCGGCCGGCGGCGCUGCGGGAGGAGGAGGAGGAGGGCGCCGGCUGCAGGAAGGUUCGCUUCGCCGUCCUGCCCGGCUCCUACGAGCCGCUGCGCCCGCCGCGGGCUCCCGGCAAGCGGCACUACGGGAAGCGCCUCAAGAAGUACGGAAAGAAUGUUGGGAAGGUUCUGCAGAAAGGUUGUCACUACUUGGUGAUUGGCCUGCAAGGAUUAGCAGCAGCCUAUUCUGCUCCCUUUGGAGUGUCAACACAUGUGGCAUCCUUCGUCCGCUAGGACAGCUCCCUGUGCCCCAUGGGAGAGGACACGAGGCCAUUGCUGCUUUCUCAGGAUUAAAUUUGAGACCUGGAUCUGAAAAACCUCUUGGACCAACAUCCCUGAGCCUCUACACCAGACUCUUUCCAAGACUGAGUGCUCUUCUCUGGAAAAAAUUCCGGUGCUUUGUAAAAUCAGAUUGGGUCAAAGAAGUGUAAGGAUGAGGAAAUAAUCUUUGAAUAAUAGAACUGAAGUUUGCUUUGGGGCAUGAGUUGGUUUUCCAGAGCUUCCUGCUGUUUGGAAGGGAGCCAAGGAUGGAUGGAAAAGCAAGUAGGUGAGGGAGAGAGAGGAAAACAAAUGGGGAGGUGGAGAUGAGUUUGGGUAGUGAGAGGAAUUGUCAAAGAAGUGGAGGAAACAGAUAACAGAGGAUUAGGAAAGUGUUUGGUUUUCUGAAAUUCUGAGUUUGGUGCGUUUUUUUUUUACCUGAGAGGGUUAAGAUUAUGAGUGUACUUAAAAAUAUACUUGGACAUAAAUGGAAUGUGGCCUGAGACAUGGAGAGCUCUGCUGCAUCAUAGUUGUUCAUUUCAAACCCUGGACAUAAUGAGCCUUUAAAUAAUCAUGAGAAAGAUGUAAAAAUACAGAAAGAAAAUAAGGUGUGUAUUUGUGAUUUUGGGGGAUUAAAGGCUCACUGUGAUUAACAUUUUCAACUUUUCCUCUGCUACUGUGAAAUCUGCAUAUAUUUUUUUUACUGGGAAUGGAGUUCAUAUGUGAUACUCCUGAUUCUGGAAGCUGGGCCAUUUUACGCCUGAUUUUGUGGUGUUCACCAGGGGAAAAACAAUUGAUUGCCAGCAGCAUCUGAGGAAAAAAAAAAUAUAUAUAUGCAGCAUUUGGUAUAAGAAUGAACAAGUGUGAUAUAUGAGAACAAGGCCAAAUAACCUGCCAGCUCCAUCAUCAUUUCUGCACCUGGAAGCUGUAGGAGGAGGAUGUCAGUAUCAGAUGGCUCAGCUCAGUGCUGCAGAUGCAGCAGCUUCCAUGUCACACCUCCAGGGACAUAAAUCAUAUAUUGAUGACACAGGAACAAGGUGGUUUAUGGGCCUUAAAAAUUUUGUGGGGUUUGUUUGUUUGUUUGUUUCUGUCAGUCUUUUGUGGUAGUUGUAAAUGACUUCCCUGCUAGCACUUUCUAUGUAUUACAUAUCUUUCUAGUUUUGAUGGUGUUUUUGUAAUCAAGGAGUUGAUUUAACUGGAAAAAAAUGCUGUUCACUUGCUUUCUUUGCCUUUUCUGAACAAAGGAGUUUGUAUGUCUUGGCAAACCACACUGUAUUUCUUUUAAAUGUAGCAAAUGAAUCAGAUGGGGGGGGUGGGGCAGGGUGUUAUGCUCUUUUCUAACUGGAUUGUAAAUAAAAGCCACGAGAUCC